AAACAAAAUAAAAAUAAUAAAAACGAGCUGCAACAAAAACGCCGAUACAAAAAAAAAUGCAUUCAUUUUGGUACAGAGCCAACGCUCUGUUAACGUUCGCCGUCACGAUUCUUGCCUUAUUGUGCGCCACCGCUUCUAUUUCUGACAACCUUAACGCUCCUUCUCCGACUGCUGAAAUCCAGGUAUUGAAUAUUAAUUGGUUUCAGAAGCAGACGCAUGGAAACGAUGAGGUCAGCCUGACACUGAAUAUAACCGCCGAUUUGCAAUCGCUGUUUACAUGGAACACCAAACAGCUUUUUAUUUUCGUCGCAGCUGAAUACAAAACCCCAAAGAAUGCACUAAACCAGGUGUCACUUUGGGAUGAUAUAAUACCUACCAAAGAGUCUGCCAAGUUUUCCAUUCACACCUCUAACAAGUACCGUUUUGUUUACUAA